AUGGCUCCUUCCUCGGCCGCCAACGGCCCUGGCAAUCAAACAUACGCACUUCCUCUGGCUGGUGGAAAGAGGAAGCGAGCUACUGCGAACAGCCAGUCAGAAUCGGCUGAACUCAAUGCGGCUCCCAUCGCAGCGCGUCCAAAGAGGAGCCGCCCCAACGAAAAGGAAUACAACGCCAAGUACAUGGCUGAGAUGUGCUUCAGCGCGUACAAGGCGCGCUUACACAUCGCCGGUUACUCGCAGUAUACUGCCGACGUUGCGAACGACUGGCGAGAGGAUCUUGUCGAGUUGUUCAGCCACGCCGCGUUGAAAGGAACCAUGAAGCAGAAUGCCGCGGCUCGUCAUGUCAUCCCUCGUCUGACAACUCUCAUCCCUCAAAAGAACAAAAAGAAGGGCGCGCUUGUGAAGGACUUUGCGAAGCACUACGAGAAUGUGCGAAAUGACAUGAUGGUCAUCGACAGAGUCAUGGGAAAUGGCUUCAAGGUGAACGAACAAUCUAUCGUCGAAGUACGCGAGUGUCUCAACGGCCUACACUGUAUUCUCGCCAAAGGAGAGCAAUGGCGUAACGUCAUGCCUUACACACCGCUGCCAAUGUACCAGCUUCGAGUCCUCCGCGACCUGAUGAAGUACUCACGGCCGCACCACCUCCUCGGCGAUCUGGUCACCAACAUUGAAGAAAUGGAAACUUGGCUCAGCCCGCCACCUACGAGCUUUAGCUUCCCAAGCGGUUCGAUCGACGAGACGAUGGAGACGUUGCAGAAAGCAACCGAGGACAAGAUUGCGAGGACCAGCAUCGGCCCCGACGUACAGCAGAUGGCAGAAUACCGAGCGCAAAAGGCCGAAGUCCUGCGUCUGCAGAAGGAGGAGCAGGCCCGUCAGCAAGAGAAGCAACGUCUUGAAGAAGUCCAACGAGGCCAAGCGGAGCGAGAGCAGCUGAAGCAACAUAUCAAGUCGCUCGAGAUGACUGCCGCAAAGGAACGCGCUCAAGAGAGUGCGAAGAAGACCGCAGAAGCUGCAGCAACGGCUCAACGCGAGAAAUCUUACCAGGAUCAGAUUGCGCAACAAACAACUGAGAUCAACAAACUCAAAACCGACCUAAGCAACCUGUCUGCUAAGCAGGCAGCCCAAACUAAGCCCGAUGCCACUACGACAUCGUCACUUCCAGUUACUGCAGGACAGACUGGCACUUCAAUGAACUCUUCUUUCAGUACCAAUCAGACUGCCAACAGUAGCUUUUACCAGCCAAAGAGCUCUCUAGGCACUUCCUUCGGAAGCUCUAUGAAUGGUGGGUCGUGUGGGCAGCUCGGUUCAUUCGGCCAAGUUUCACAUCAUCCUACGCCGAAAGACGACGACGUCCAAAUGACGGACGCUCGACGGGUUGAUAGCUCGCAGCAACACCCUAGCUUUGGUCCGUUCGAUCCUUCCACGAUAAUUACACGCGGUGUGGGCCAGUCAAACCCCUUCAAUACUCAUAUCUCCAACGGCGCUCCCUCACAUCCCUUCGGAAUAUCAGCCGGCGACGGCAACUUCAAGUCGGCUUGCCCAGCAUACAAGAACGGGACCUGCACGUUAGGCAGGAGUUGCAAGCUACCCCACACCGCAUGCAAGUUCUGGUUGAGCGGUAGUUGCAGAUUCGGUGGGAGAUGUAAACACAGCCACGAUCCUUUCUUCCUCACAGAAGUCGCAUCAAAAGGCCAAUCAAAACAGUUUCCACGGGCUGACCGAAUGGUCAUCGAUCCUGUCCCUGCACCACAAUCCAGCAACUUCUCCCAAGCGAACCCCUUUUCCAGUCACCUGCCGGGUGGUUCAAAUCCAUUCGGUGGGCAGAUGAAGGGUAAUCGGCGAUCUACCUUGCAACUCAAGCAGCAAGACCAGACUUUUGGCUUUCUCUCUAGCAACAGCAAGAAUCCUUUCGGCCACGCUCCACCACCAGCGCCAGCAGUGCGCAACCCGACACUUGCUGAGCGGGUAACGAAGGGUGAUCAACCCACCUCUUUCGAUAACCAAACGCCAUUUGGCUACCAUACCCCACCAACUGGCCCUCGAGGAAACCGUUCACUCGCCGACAGGAUAACAAAGAACGAUCAACCCAUGCCACAUCAACCUCAACAUCAGCCUCCUGCCAUUCGCAUCGAACAAUCCCUAGAGGAUAUCAUCAAUGCAUCUGGAGCGCGCAGGAACGAAAAACAGGCAAAGCCGCUUCAGUCAGAGACUCUCUCCAUCCAACAAAACUGGUUCAUCCACCCCUCCACCUCCACCUCCGAAGAACCCAUCCUCCCCGCCUCCCUCCUCGCCGGCGUACCCAUCAACUGCCUCCCAGCCCCAAUUAUCCAAGCCAUCCACGAACUCUCCACCCUAACAAUCGGCCAACGAGACCGAGCGCACAACCUCCUAAACACCUACUUCCAAGCGCGCAUCCGCGAAGGCUCCUACAGCGGAAAAACGCAAAAGAUUUUUGCUAUUCUGGAAAUCAGCGAUGUGAAGAAGGCGUGUGAGAGUUUGCGGAGAAUGAGCCGAGGGAGAGAGAUGCAGGGGCCUGUUCCGAUCAAAGAAGAUGAAACGAGGAAGAGGAAGUACUCGAUUAGACAGGAGAUGAAUGUCGUUGCUGAGGAGGAGGAGGACGAAGGUGCACAAAGACUGGCGAAACGGUUGAAAGAAGAACUAUGCGUUAUCUCGGAAGAUGGCAAUGUUAAUAAUGAGCCGAGCACGCCAAUCUGCAUCAACUUCGACGAUAUACCCACGCCUCCGGAUUCACAAGCUACGAUAACAGCAACACUUCCUUCGACGACUACCACACCACAGACUCAACGCCGCUCCCGUCCCCCUCCGAUUGUCAUUGCAGAGAUCCCCACGCCUACAGCUACAUCUCCUGGCAUCGUUCCACCAUUUUCUUCUUUCACUCCCCUAUUCAAUAGCUUAGCCCAGGAAUUUGGCGGGGAUCCAGAUACGCCUUGUCCGAUACGAACGAAUACGUAUCAGCCAUCACAACCAGAUCUUCUCAACAUUGCAGACAACAGCUACGGUAACGACAAACUCAAUAGCAACGAUAAUGCAAACGGCACUCUCUUCGAGUCAUACAUGCGCGAUACGUAUCCAGCGCCGAGGAUGAAUCCUCGUGUCCAGGCGGCGCAGAGAGCGACGCAUGAGUUUAAUGUGAGGAGGAUGGAGGUGAUUGAGGCGCAGAGAGUAUUUGAAGAGGCAAGAAGGAGGUUUGUAGAGGCGAAGCGGAGGAUGGAAAGCGUGAGGGGAGGGGCGGCGUGGCGGUGA